GACGACAUCAACCUUCCAACACAACGGGCAUUUUGUCUUUCACCCGUGGAACGUCCUUGCUAUUGGAUGAGCUCACGACUCUCCUUGUCCUUUCAAGUCGCAUCAAACAUAACUCUCGGUCCUUAUCAUAAGUUCUAUAUCUGAAUCAAAAACCCCACAUAGUCCCCAGCCAUGACUGAAGCUGAUAACGAUCAUGUCUCGCCCUUUGCACCACUCAUGGUUGAGCUGGCUCGUAUGAGGAACAGAACACUCAAAACCGUGGUCGAUGAUGUAGAUCAAGUCAUUGACCUUCUUACUAAUGCUCGCGAGAAGAUUGCUCAAGAGCAAGACGCGAAUCGAACUGGCAUGGCCAUGACGACGCUGCAAAAUCCAGUCAAAGCCCGCUUCGAACGAAUCAAUGUCGACCUAAAGGAUAUUACCAAGGCGCAGAAGUCCUUCGGAAAGGCCCUCGAUAAGGCUCUUCCCCACCGAGAACUCCCUAUGGAGACCGAUGCUAUGGCGGACCACCCGCGACUCAUCAACCGUGCGAUAGCCAUGCACCUUCUUCGCGAAGGUCAAUUUUCUGUCGCCUCGACGUUUCUCAAAGAAGCUACAGACCACCCUCCCGGCCGCGAAGCCCAUACCAUUUCACAAACAGACGAGGAUGGCGACGAUGAUAUGGAAAGCGAGGAUGACUUGGAAGAUGAAAUGGCGGGUCUACACUCAGAACAUUUGCAAAACAAGUUUGCAGAAAUGUAUAGCAUCCUUUCUCAGCUCAAGGACCAUAAUCUCCUACCCGCCAUCAACUGGGCCCAUGCAAACGGCGUCCAUCUUGAGGCCAGGGGAAGCACACUCGAGUUUGAGCUUAUCAAGCUCCAAUAUGUCUGGCUGUUCAAAGGCCCAUCUGUUAAUGGUCUCCCCGAUGAACCCACGACCAACGGCCUAGGAGGAGCAAUUAACUAUGCUCGCCAGAACUUCCCUCGUUUCCAGAACCGUCAUUUGCUAGAGAUACAACAGCUCUCCAGUGCUGUGGUCUUCGCCCCUAACCUGGCCAAAUCUCCUUACAGCCAUAUAUUUGAGACAGAUUCAGCGUUCGAGGACGUGGCCAUGUCGUUCACUCGCGAAUUCUGCUCACUGCUUGGCCUAUCGGCGGAAUCACCCCUCUAUAUCGCCGUCACAGCAGGCUCCAUCGCUCUCCCACGCCUAAUCAAAUACACAACUUAUAUGCGGGAGAAGAAGACAGAAUGGACGACAGAGAACGAACUUGCCUUUGCGACACCUCUGCCUGAGUUUAUGGUUUAUCAUCCAAUCUUUGUCUGUCCCGUUAGCAAAGAGCAGACCACUCAAGACAAUCCACCCAUGAUGCUGAGUUGCGGUCACGUUCUCUGCCGUGAAUCUCUCAACAAUAUAGCGAAAGCAGCACGGUACAAGUGUCCCUACUGCCCGACAGAAGGCCACCUUAAGGAUGCCAUUCAGAUCAGACUAUAACAUACUCAACAAUGUUACAUGCAUGAUCGAUCAUGUUUACGUAUCACAGGGCACUGACACAUUGGGCAAGAUGGAAUGGCCUUUAUUUUAAUUGAAUGAGUCCAGCAAGGACCCUGCUUCGGCUUUGGUUCAAAAUCAAGAAAGGAAAGCGGGCGUUUUGGCAUUUUGUUUUAGAAUUGUACCUGUUGGGAUAUUUCCUUUGCCUCUUAGACAGACACGUCGAUCUUUUCUCCAGCAUAAGCUGUGAAACAUGCAACGUUCUAGCUGCACUAUUGUCUCGCAUUAUGUAUGCUUCACAGAGUUGAAACCAGUGAGUGUAUUGAGUCAGAGUCCUGAUAGUUUCAUGACGUGAUUCAUAGAAUGGAGAGUCUCAAAGACCACACGAGCACGGGCCAUUUUGCAUAUGCCUGAUUUCACUAUUCAAUUCCUAGUUAUCGGAUUAUCUGAUCAUGAGAACCCACAAUCCAAUUGAUCAGGGGACAAAGUAAAAGUAACAAAAGAACUAUGUAUCAGCUCCUGGAUCUCAUUCCAUGUGGUGGAGCAUUGAACGCCUAAUAUGGUUGGGUCUAACAUAGGAAACAAAAAACAACCAAAGUAAAUAGAAUAAAAAAGUCCAAGCAAGUUACCGACA